AUGUCCAAAGCAGGAGAGAGGACAGCCUCUACCACUUCUGUCGACUCAGCCUCAACAGAUGGCAAGGAUGCUGCCUCCCCAUCAGGUUCAGUCUCCGAAACACCAAAGAAAUCCUUAAAGAAGUCCAAAAAAACCACAGAGAGUAUGAACAAAGUCUACAACUCUGUGCUCGAAAGUGUUUUUGGAUCGGAAAGGGAAUUAGCUCAGGCUGAGUUAGACGAGUUGCAGGAGGCCUUCAAAGAGUUUGACUACGAUCAAGAUGGAUACCUGAACUACAAGGAUGUGGCUGAAUGUAUGAGGACCAUGGGAUACAUGCCCACGGAAAUGGAGCUGCUGGAGAUAGUUCAACAAAUCAAGAUGAGAAUGGGCGGAUUAAUGGAUUUUGAAGAUUUUGUUGAACUGAUGGGACCCAGGAUGAUGGGAGAGACUGCUCACAUGCUGGGACUCAAAGAGCUCCAAUCUGCCUUUCUACAGUUCGACCUCGAUGGAGACGGGAAGAUCAACCAGGACGAGAUGAAGGAGGCGGUCAAGUCGAUGGUGGGGGAGAAGCUGAAGAAAGGAGAACUGGAGGAGAUCUUAAAGGAGUUGGAUAUUAACGCAGAUGGAAACAUUGACUUUGAAGAGUUUGUGAUGAUGCUCUCCAUUCGCUAG